ACGACCAAUCAGAGCCGCACCCAGAGGCGGGAUCACCGAGCACUAAUUUAUCUCCAUUCUUAAACUGAACCUCUUCAAAAACGGCUAUCCCAAACUAAUAUAGAGGCGUAACUUUCACCGUUUCCUACAUAGCGAUACAUCGGCGAUUGGCUGGUGUUACAUAGGCCUAUGUGCUGUGUUCAACAGGCCUUUUAAGUUUCUUUUAAUAGUGUUAGCCAAGCUAACGCGUUAGCCAUAAACAUGCCUAAUUUUUGCGCGGCCCCAAACUGCACAAGGAAGAGCACGGAGUCCGACUUAGCAUUUUUUCGGUUUCCACGGGAUCCGGAGAGGUGUAAACUCUGGGUAGAGAAUUGUCGCAGGGCAGAUCUGGAGACCAAAACAUCAGACCAACUAAAUAAGCACUACAGACUGUGUGCCAAACAUUUUGAUCCAGCAAUGGUGUACAAAACGAGCCCAUACAGAACAGUUUUAAAGGAUACCGCUAUUCCCACAAUAUUUGAUCUGACAAGUCACUUAAAGAAUCCUAAUACCAUGAGACAUCGCAAAAGAAUCAAAGAACUGACUGAAGAAGACUUACAAAAGAUUAAAGAAAGGCGGUUGGUAACCUCUAUUGAUCAACUUGUGAAAAAAGAACCAACAGUUGAGGAGAGCAACAAUGAUGAACCCCAAAUUUCUGUUGAGGAGAAAGAGUAUCGUGACUACCUCAGAUCUCUAUUUGAAAUUAUGCUUAUGAUGGGGAAACAAAACAUCCCAUUGAAAAAUGACCCAGUGUCUGACUCCACUCCCAAGAUGAGCAAUCUUCAGUCCCUUCUUGAUAUGCGCAUGAAUGCUGGAGAUACAGUGCUGCGCAAACGUUUCCAGGCCACAGCUGUCAAUUCUGAAUACCUCUCAUCAACACAUCAGAACCAACUUUUGGAUGUUUGUGAAAAUACAGUCAGAGAGGAGAUUCUUCUGGAGGUCAGAGAGAGCCGCUUCUUCUCCCUAGUCACAGGUGAACUGGUAGAAUUUGCGGGAGAAAUUCACAUGCCAGUAUUUUUGCGUUUUGUCAGUCAGAACCUACUGCGUGAAGAGUUCUUGGAUUUUCUCUUGUUUGAAGGAGAUGAGUUUGCACUUGUGGAGAAGCUUGAGACACAACUCACUCAGCGCUGGGGCCUCAGCAUGGAAGACUGUCGGGGCCAAGCUCAUAAAGCCACAGGGUCAGUGUCCACUAAGAUGAAGGCGGUAGCUGUCUUACUGAUGGAGAAGUACCCUCUGAUGCUACACAUGCCCUGCUCCAGCACUGCUCUGAACAUCCAUUUGGCACAUAGUCUUCCUUUUCCUAAUGUUCAAAACCUUAUGGAAACUUUGAGAAGAAUUAGGGCUCUUUUUGAUGCUUCCUUCACCCAAGAUGAACUUCAUAAAGCCAUCUCUUUGUAUUAUCCGAAGAGUGAGAAGGCUGAUCUAUUAAUCCAAAACUGUGCAUCUGGAUGGACGGAGCAACAUAACAUCUUUGAUGUGCUUUUAGAAGUCCUACCACCACUUGUCCUCAGCAUUGAAACAAUUGUGGAUAACUAUGAUGGAAAAUUUACUGCCAAAGUGAUUGCUGAUGCUUAUGCAGUCACAGAGACUCUGGCAGAUUUUGAAACUAUAGUUACUGUUGUGAUUUUAAAGAACGUUCUUACAUUCACCAGAGCCUUUGGCCGGAAUCUCCAGGGGGAAACACUUGAUGUGUUCAGUGCUGCCAACAGCCUGACUGCUGUCCUACACUCAUUAAAUGAGGUCAACGAUAACAUUGAUGUAUACCAUGAGUUUUGGUAUGAGGAGGCUCUCAAUGUGGCUGGCCUUUUGGGUGUCCAAGAAAAUCUUCCAAGGCUGUUUGUUCGUAAACAGCGAACUUCUGAGAUAGGGGAAAUCCAGGCGGAGGGAUAUUAUAAAGAGUAUGUCACCAUGCCCGUUAUGUGUGGCAUCAUGCAGGAAGUGGAGGACAUGUUUUCUGAGAACAACCUGAAGGCUUUAAAGUGUCUCUCACUUGUGCCAGGCAUCAUGGGUCAGCUGAAGUUCAACACAACAGAGGAGAACUAUGCGGAUGUGUAUCGCAGUGACCUGCCCAGCUCAGAUACACUCACAGCUGAGCUGCACUGCUGGAGAAUCAAGUGGAAACAUCGAGGCAAAGAGGUGCCUUUGCCUAACACCAUCCACGAAACGCUGCAGCUUCCUGAUGUCAAUUUCUUCCCCAAUGUAAACACCUUCCUGAAGGUGCUGUCCACUUUACCAGUGCUCAAGUUGGCAGAGAACAAUAAUGUAGCUGUGAAGCGAAUGCAGGCCUAUUUUGACAGCUUGCCUUCUUCACAGUGGAACAAAAGUCUGGCCAUGCUUAACAUAAACACUCAUGUCAAAUAUGAUUUGGAUGUCAUGGUGGAUAAAUACUGCAGACUGUACCCGGAAGAAGACCCCGGAGCAGAGUCAGAAGAAGGAACCGAAGAGGAAGCAAAAUGAUUAAAUGUUUCACAGACACUGGACAUUGUGCCAAGCAAAAAGAUAUAAACAGGAAAUUAAUUACUUGCCACACAAACUGUGGAUAUGUGUAAUUUAUAAUUCAAUUGCAUAAACAUUUUCCAAUUUUGACUGACAAUAAAUCGUUAAAUGCC